CAAAGAAGCUCGAUCUGGGGCAAACAAAAAACGACAAAAAAGAAGAGGGGUUUGCUUCUUCUGUUCGACGCAACAAUGGCUCUCAAUCUUCGUCAAAAACAAACUGAGUGUAUAACGCGAAUGUUGAAUCUGAACCAACCAGUGAGCUCAAGCGCCGGAACUGCAAACGAAGAAGUCUAUAAGAUUCUCAUCUACGAUAGGUUCUGCCAAGACAUUCUCUCACCUCUCAUCCACGUCAAGGACCUCCGCAAGCACGGCGUAACCCUCUACUUCCUCGUCGACAAGGACCGCAAGCCCGUCCAUGACGUCCCUGCCGUUUAUUUCGUCCAACCCACCCUCAUCAAUGUCCAACGCAUCAUCUCCGACGCCUCCAAAUCUCUCUACGAUUCGUUCCAUUUGAAUUUCUCUUCGUCCAUCACGAGACCCNUAUCUAGUGAUCAUCAACUGGCAGUAGCAAGGACUGUUGAAGCAUUGAUGGAUGGGAAGCCGAACCCUGAGAUUGAUUCUUACCUUGUGUUUGACCCUCGUGCUCCCAAGUCAAACACUGGGACUAGUAGCAGCCAUCUAAAAGGACCAUUCAAAGAAGCUAUUGUCUUUAUGAUUGGUGGUGGUAAUUAUGUGGAGUAUGGAAGCUUGCAAGAGCUUGCAAAUCGUCAGCUGCCAGUCAAGCAUAUUAUAUACGGCACAACAGAAAUUCUCAUGGGAGGUGAGUUUGUUGAGCAGCUUACACUGCUGGGGCAGAAGAUGGGAUUAGGCAGCAGCGGAGCUGCUUCAGCCCAUUAG